AUGACGACACCGAAUGUAAACCGUCGCGCCCUUACUUCUCGGGAUGGUAAUAUCUACACUACGCCCCGACCCGGAGGAGCGAAGUCAGGAGCGGACGCGGCGACACCAGAGAGUCUAAGGAAGCGCAGCUCCCUAAGAAAGAAGCGGCUGUUCAGCGAAUUGGUCGAGGACGGGGAUUACUACGAUGACCAGACGAGGGGCACACCGAGGCGGUAUGUCAGUGCCAGUGUAGGGGGGAGCGGUAGAAGGGGAGGAGGAGGAGUGGUUGUGGUUGGGGAGGAUGAAGAGGAGGAGGAUGAGUAUGCCUGGUUCUACGAGGAGCAGGAGCGGGAGGGGGCAUUGUUGGGUGGUGGGGGGAUGAAGCUUGAAGAGGUAAGCUUUCUCUCUCUCUAUUUCUCUCUCCUGUCUACCAUCAUGUAAAUUGACCCAUUAACUGACUGGCUGGCUGAUUAAUUAAUGGCAGGAGACACAUAUCCUUCCACCAUACCCAUAUCCAUCAACCCCCUACCGUACUUCAACUUCCACAAUUCUCUCCACACCACUGACGCAUGACCCCCACCACCACCACCUCCGUCAUGACCGCAACAGACCAGCACCCUCCCCGGCAACAACCCUAAAGCUCCGCCUCCGUGUCGCACUCUUCAAAGUCCAGACGAACCAAACAUCAAUCCCACUCUCGCACCUGCAAGUCCCACAAUCGUCCCCGCAGCCGUUAUCCGUGUUCCCGCCGAGUCUGGUCCGGAUUAGCCCUGUUGUGGACAGUUAUGGGGAUGAGAUUGAGGAUGAAGGCUUUGGAGGUGGUUCCGGUAGGGAUGGAGUGGGGGUUAGCUUGCCGAGUUCACCGCCAUUGUUUGGAAGAAGAGGGGAGGGGAGCCCCUCGCCGGCCAAGUUAGGAUAG